CCGUCCGGAAGUGAGGCAGCAGGGGAAUGUCCGGUGACGUCAGAGCGUCUGGACGCCAUUCGAUCUGCAGCAGCUGUUUGGAGAGUAACAACAACAACAACACGACCGAACGAGCCUCGCACCGAACGCGCUCUGGACCGCGGGAGUCCGAGGCCUCUUUCCCCUCCCCCGGGCUUCACCGGCUUCUAACCACGGCCGCUCUCGGUGAGGAAACUCUGGCCUCCGCUUCCUCCUCCUCCGACUCGGACACCGGUGGAGCGUCGCCGCCCCCGCGGAAGAAGCACCGAUCCUCGGCGGCGGAGGGAGUAGGAGAGCCCGGGGCUUCAGCAGGCCUUUCGUCAGCGACCCACCUCAGCCGAACCGGCACCAACAUGCAGUCGAACGGGACAGGACAGGAGCAGAACCACCCGGCCAGCGCGCAGAACGGGGAUGCCAACGGCCUCCAGAGCAACGCAGGCUCGGCUUCGGGGGCCUCCGGGACUGGUUCGGGUUCCCUGAAGAAGAAGAAGCGUCUGUCUCAGGCGGAGGAGGACGUGAUCCGCCUCAUCGGACAGCAUCUGAACGGGUUAGGGCUGAAUCAGACGGUGGAUUUGUUGAUGCAGGAAUCUGGCUGUAGACUGGAGCAUCCAUCAGCCACAAAAUUCCGGAACCAUGUCAUGGAAGGCGAAUGGGACAAGGCUGAAAACGACCUCAACGAGCUGAAAGCAUUGAUGCAUUCACCCAACGCUAUUGUGCGGAUGAAGUUUCUGCUAUUACAGCAGAAGUAUCUGGAGUAUUUGGAGGAUGGAAAAGUUCUGGAAGCUCUGCAGGUUUUGAGAGGAGAGUUGACUCCACUCAAAUACAACACCGAUCGAAUCCACGUGCUCAGCGGGUAUCUGAUGUGUAGUCAUCCUGAGGAUCUGAAGGCAAAGGCUGAAUGGGAGGGAAAAGGCGCUGGAUCACGCUGCAGAUUACUGGACAAACUCCAGACGUACCUGCCCCCCUCUGUAAUGUUGCCCCCUCGGCGGCUGCAGACGCUGCUCAGACAGGCCGUGGAGAUGCAGAGAGAUCGCUGUCUUUAUCACAACACCAAACUGGACUCCAGUCUGGACUCCGUGUCCUUACUCCUGGAUCACGUCUGCAGCAGGAAACAGUUUCCCUGUUACACGCAGCAGAUCCUCACAGAGCACUGCAAUGAAGUCUGGUUCUGCAAGUUUUCUAACGACGGCACUAAACUCGCCACCGGCUCAAAAGACACGACUGUGAUUAUCUGGCAGGUGGAGCCGGACUCGCAUCAGCUCAAGCUGGUACGGACUCUGGAGGGUCACGCGUACGGUGUGUCGUAUCUUGCCUGGAGUCCUGAUGAUGUUUACCUGAUCGCCUGCGGUCCUGACGACUGCUCCGAACUCUGGCUAUGGAACAUUCAGACAGGAGAACUGCGGACAAAGAUGAGUCAGUCUCAUGAGGACAGCCUGACCAGCGUUGCCUGGAACCCUGACGGCAAGCGCUUCGUUACGGGAGGACAGAGAGGGCAGUUUUACCAGUGUGAUCUUGAAGGAAACCUGUUGGAGUCAUGGGAAGGCGUGCGUGUGCAGUGCCUGUGGUGUAUGGCCGACGGCCGCACUGUUCUCGCCUCUGAUACGCACCAGAGGAUCCGUGGAUACAGUUUCGAGGACCUAACGGACAGAAACAUAGUUCAGGAGGAUCAUCCGAUAAUGUCUUUCACUGUUUCUAAGAAUGGAAGAUUAGCUUUGUUAAAUGUAGCAAAUCAGGGCGUUCAUCUCUGGGACCUACAGGACCGUGUGUUGGUCAGGAAGUUUCAGGGUGUGUCACAGGGCUUCUACACCAUUCACUCCUGCUUCGGUGGACACAACGAGGAUUUCAUCGCUAGCGGCAGUGAAGAUCAUAAGGUAUAUAUCUGGCACAAGCGCAGUGAGCUGCCGAUCAUGGAGUUGACGGGACACACACGCACAGUGAACUGUGUCAGCUGGAACCCCUGUAUUCCCAGUCUUAUGGCCAGCGCUUCUGACGAUGGCACAGUCCGUAUCUGGGGACCUGCACCCUUCUUGGAAGCACAAGAGCUGGACGGCCUCAAUGAGAGUUGCAGUAGUAUGGACAGUUGAUGGCAGCCCUGGAACAGAUGACUUCGCAAAUGCGAAAUCCAACAGAGAAAAACACGAUUACAGCAUUGUCCUCCUCCACAACGACGCACGAGUACAAACACGAAAGAGAUCCAGAACCUGGCUUUCAAGAGUCUGGAGGCAGCAGAGACCUGACGCUGAUCCGACCCGCUUCCAUACCGAUGGAUCUGAUCUCUUUCCCUCCACGGGAUUCCCGUGGCUGUUCCCAUUAUUACCCUUUCAUUAGGCCUGAAGACGAGAGCUGGAGCGCCCGGGUGGGUGUAUAAACCCACACUCUGUGUUCUUCUCUGUCUCUCGCUCUCGAUCCUCCAGCAGCAGAGGAUGAAGCACUUUUUAAAAAUAUAUAUAUAUUCUAGUCCUAGCAAUUCUCUCUUUUGUUCCUUUAGCAGUUGAUCAGCUUGGGCUUUAGUGUUGAUGAUGAUGGAGUGCUGUAGGUUGUUUUUUUUUUUUUGUUUUUUUUUUGUAUUUCAGAACACAAAUGCAUUGGUUUCAGAUGGACUCCCACGUCAUGCAUCAGCAGGGGUCAGAGGUCACAGAGAGUUUAAAUGUUUGACUGAAUUCUGCUUCAGCAUCCCUCCUGUAGCACAGCCGUGUGUGUGUGUUUGUGUGUGUUUGUAUGUGUGUGUUUGUAUGUGAAUGUUCAAAUGUGCCUAAAGUUGGUAUACGUUCGCAUGUGGCACUGUUUUCACACCAGCGUGAGUGUGUCCCUUGUUUAGGCGUACGAUUUAUUUUAACAGAAAACAGAAUCUGAUCAAAGCGCCGGAGAACUUCAUCUGUGGAACAAAAACUUGAGAACCUUUUUUUUUUUUUUU